AUGAAAUCGGUGUUCUCUUCUGCCUCAGCGUUGGUCGGCGUGGCCGCAGGGCUUUUGACCCUGUCCACUCUUGUACGUGCGGACAAAGUCUACCUGACCAUGCCCCAGAAUAACACUGACGCGAUUGCUGGAUGUGAUAUGGACUUGGGGUUCCGAGUCCAAUACUCCGACCUCGCGAUGCUCCAGUGGGUCCAGCUGCAGGUAUUGAGCGCUGACCAGACCAUCGUUGUCGAUAAACUGGACAACUCUACCCGCACUGAAUGGGAUGAUGUGCGCUCCAAGAACAUUACAUGGUCGAUUCCCGCAGAGCUGGCACCUGGAGACUACAUCCUCCGAGCCUUUGGAGACGCUUACUACUACUGCACUGAGAAUAACAUCCGUACCUUGUGUCCACUCCCUCUCGAGGACCGACGGACCAUCCAUGUCGCCACCCCUCUGAAGGCAGGAAGUGACCCUUCUUCAUCACCUUUAGAGUGUCCCGCAAACCUCACUCCUCUCUCAAAACCAAAGACCUCUUCGGCCUCAUCCCUGUCGUCUUCUUCAGCAUCCACAACUACAACGCCCAUGCUGCAUUUCAUUAUCAACCCGGAUGUUUUGAAUCUGCUUCAAAACGGCGUUCACGUUGCCAAGCAACAACAGGAUCAGGAAGAAAAGACUGCCACUGGAGACCUGUCGAUGGAGACUGGGAAGGGACUGUCUCAAAAGCCCGACUAUGAGGAUGAUGGUGCGGCAGCUAUUGGCAAGGAAGGGAUGAAGAAGGACAGCAGCUGGUCUGCGGUCAAUGGUGCUGCGGGUUGGAUGGCUGCAGGUGGAGUGGGUUCGGGAACAAAGCUCCCGGUGCUGUUGGCCGCGGCCCUUGUUCUUCUGCUCUGA